UUUACGCUCGUGCCGGCUUUCCGUUUUCGACCAUCGGCGACAUCGCGGUGCAGUUCAUCACAGCGCAGCCAGACCCCGCGUCCCCGGGCAACUUUUUGCGGCGACCCAACGAAAUCGCAUCGGUCUACUUGAGGGGAUGGUUCUGGCUCGACCUCGUCACCGCAAUCCCCGUGGACUUUAUCCGGCGCAGUCGGGAGGAGGGCGCAGUCUUCCAAUCGGGCUGCGCAACAUGAAAGUGAUCCGGCUAAUGAGGCUGACCAGAUUACUCAGACUUGCAAAGGUACAGCGGCUUGUGAAUCGUUGGCAGAUGUAUUUCAGCAUCAGCUACGGCUUACUAUCCCUCGCACAGUUUGUGACAGGCCUUUGCGUGGUGAGCCAUUGGCUUGCGUGCCUCUGGGGAGCUGUAGGGCUUAGUGGCGGCGAGGACAGUUGGAUUGGCGCACUAAAGGAAGACCGCAGAAAUCCAGAUGAGUUUUACAAGAACCCAUUCGAUGUCUAUUGUAUUAGCCUGUACUGGGCUGUGAUGACCCUGACCAGCAUUGGUUACGGCGACAUUGUUGCAACAAAUCGCGAAGAAUACAUCAUUGCCACGGCUUGUAUGUUUUUCAUGGCUGGGAUCUGGGCGUACACCAUUGGCGCAGUCUGCGGCAUAGUGGCGACACUCUCGCCCCACGACGCUGCCUUCAAGCAGGCAAUGGACGAUUUGAAUAACAUGAUGCACGACCAGAACAUGCCCCACGAUUUACGAUGGAAAUUGCGGGCGUACUAUUUCAGCGCCCGUGAUGUCAACCGGAAACGAACAGAGCGGCACCUCGUUGAUUGUUUGUCCCCGAUGUUGCAAGGGGAGGUCGCCUUGUUCGGCAACAAAAAGUACUUGCAAGGAGUAUGGUACCUUUCAGAGUUGGACCACGAUGCCAUGGUGGCUCUAUCCCAGGCGUUAAUGAUGGAGUGUUUUGCUCCCAAAGAGUGCAUACACGCGGAGAGGACGCUCUUCAUCUUACAGUCUGGACUCUGUUGGCGCAAAAAUCGAAUUGUUUCGUCGGAGUGCUGUUGGGGAGAGAGCAACUUGCUCCUGAGUAACCCUGAAUUGUGGGACCACACAGGGGCUGGCGCCCUAACGUUUGUGAAGAUGCUCGCGCUGCAACAUAAAGUUGUGAGUCAUCUGGUCAGCAGGUACCCCCCAGUCAAAAAAGUGUUUCGCAGGGCCACGAUUAUUUACGGAGUCAGUCGGGCGUGCAGAAGGUUCCAAGAGACGAUGGACCCGCUCCAGAAGAGCGCAAAGUGGGAGCAGAAGUUGAAGCUGUUGACAUGGGGGCAGCGAAUGCACAUAUGGACACACAUCUUGUCUGGAAGUUUCUCGCUUCGUAGCCUUCAGCGUGUCGUCAGCACCAUCGAUCGAUAUCGUCCGACACCGCCACGUUCGCUGACGACCAAUAUUUUCUCGCCACAGCGGAGAGAGUCCGUCCAGUCGGCUCUCUUGUCGGUCUCGGAGCCAGGCGACCUUGAUGCGAUCGAGAUGCUCCAUUCCAUUCUCGAUAGGGUGCAGAGUCUGUCCUGCGAAGUUGCGAACAUUAGUAACUCCAUUCGGGAGCGCUGA